GUGAAGGAGGGGCGGCCGCUUCCCCGCCAAACCCAUCCCGGCACAGCAUGUGCGCGGGGCCGGCCGGGGAAGAUGUAUGUAGGUUAUCUUUUGGAUAAGGACACCAACAUGUAUCCCAGCCCCGUCCGGCAUCCCAGCCUCAACCUCAACCCCCAGAAUUACGUGCCGGCCCCCCCACAGUACUCGGACUUCGCCAGCUACCACCAUGUGCCGGGGAUUAACAACGACCCCCACCACGGGCAACCGGCGGCCGCCUGGGGCUCGCCCUACACCCCUGCCAAGGAGGACUGGCAUUCCUACGGGACCGCUGCCACCCCUUCCACCGCCAGCCCGGGGCAGUUUGGAUUCAGCCCCCCAGAUUUUAACCCCAUCCAGCCCCCCGGCUCUGGACUCCUGCCUCCACCCAUCAGCAGCUCGGUCCCCCAGCUCUCCCCUAACGCCCAGAGGCGCACCCCCUACGAGUGGAUGAGGCGCAGCAUUCCCAGCACCAGCAACAGCGGCAAGACCAGGACGAAAGACAAGUACCGGGUGGUGUACACGGACCACCAGCGCCUGGAGCUGGAGAAGGAGUUUCACUACAGCCGCUACAUCACCAUCCGCCGCAAGGCCGAGCUGGCCGCUGCCCUCGGGCUCACCGAACGGCAGGUGAAAAUCUGGUUUCAAAACCGGAGGGCGAAGGAGAGGAAGGUGAACAAGAAGAAGAUGCAGCAGCAAAGCCAGCCCACCAGCACCACCACACCAACCCCACCAACCGUUGGCACGCCGGGACCCAUCGGAGGUCUCUGCAGCAGCAGCGCCCCGAACCUCGUCUCCUCAUCUCCGCUGACUAUCAAGGAGGAAUUCAUGCCUUAACCCCCUUCACCAGCUACAGACACCAAGAGAUAAGCACUAUGUAGCAGAGCCCAGCCGGUCCGUGUGCUCUGAAGAGUGACAGCCCCUUCCCAAAGACACAAUGGUCCCUGGAUGAACCAAUGGGGUGGCCAGCAAGGCUGGGCAAGGAGGCACUGGGACCUUCACAAGGGGCUCUCUCCUACAUAAAAACCAUAGGUUAGGUAGCAUUGCUCUCCUGUAGGAAACAUGCACCAGUCUGGUCUCUGGUGUUUGCAACCCAAAGCAAGGUCCUAAUGUCAGCAGAAGGAAGGUGGUGGUGGUGGAGGAUGGCUUUCCUAUGCUGCUUCAGAUGGAGCUGGUGGGAUGCUUCCUUCGGUCCUCCUGGCACUCCAGCUGCCUGGUGCUUUUGGGACCCACAUGGCAGCUUGCAUGGCCUUUUCCAACACCAUUUCUCUGAGUUCCAGAAAGGUGGAGCAGCAGAUGUGUCCUCAGCUGCCUGCAGAGUGCCCAACUGAGCCCUCACAUUGCACCCAACAUGGCAAUGCAUCGUGUUCCUCACAGAACCAUUCGUCUCUGGCUGCCUCCAGCCUUGCACCGUUUCCAGCUCUUCAUGGCCCAGAAAACAAGGUGCCCAGAUCAUCCCACUGCACCCAUCACCCUGCUCCAGCUCUCACAGGGCUUGGGUCUCCCUCCAGCAGGGACCACUGGCACCUCCCUCGGCCACCACUGCCAGCUGUGCUUGGUGGUGAGGACGACUGUUUGCAUUGGCUCAGGACUUCGGCUCAGUUUUUGUGUAUAUAAGGCAGAACUGGUUUUCCUUUUUAUUUUUUAGGCAUCGGUGAAAAUAAAAGCGAGCAGGAA